AGCUGUUGUGGUCAGCUGUGGAAAGGAAGCCUCAUUGCCACCAUGAACUUCUCCGGCAAGUACCAACUGCAGAGCCAAGAGAACUUUGAGCCCUUCAUGAAGGCAAUGGGUCUGCCUGAAGACCUCAUCCAGAAAGGGAAGGACAUCAAAGGGGUGUCAGAAAUCGUGCAUGAAGGGAAGAAAAUCAAACUCACUCUCACUUAUGGGUCCAAAGUGAUUCACAAUGAGUUCACCUUGGGAGAGGAGUGUGAACUGGAGACGAUGACUGGGGAAAAGGUCAAGGCAACCGUUAAAAUGGAAGGUGACAAUAAAAUGGUGACGACUUUCAAAGGCAUAAAGUCCGUGACUGAACUCAAUGGAGACACAAUCACCAAUACCAUGACCCUGGGCGACAUUGUGUACAAGAGAGUCAGCAAGAGGAUUUAGAGAAGGCUGUGUUUCAUGUUCUUUUACAGUACAAAAUUAAUGCAAUAAAGUUACCUUUGUUUUG